CACAUGAGCAAAUAAGACAGAAGUGAAACUUUAGGGAAAGUAGACCAUGCGGUCUUCAGAAAUGGGAAGAAAUGCAGCCAUCUGAAAUGGUCAUGAACCCCAAACAACUCUUCCUCUCGGUGCUGAUAUUUGGAGUGGCUGGGCUGCUCCUCUUCAUGUACUUGCAAGUCUGUAUUGAGGAACAACAUCCAGGGAGAGCAGAGAAGACAAGAGACCAAAAGGCAGCUUCAGUGACUAGAGAAAACAACCAGGAACAUAUCAGCAACCAGUACCCCAAGAACCACAUGCCUGAGGAGCCAAAGGGGAAAAAAGAGAAGAUUCUAGUCAAUUCUGAGACGUCUACAGGAGUCCUAGCAGAGAUCAGCCCCACACUAGGAGAGGGUCAAGCUUUGAAGAAAACCACAAGGUCAUUGACGAAUGAGCUAGUCGAAAAUUUUCAAGGAACUAAGUUCCUUUUCAGGAAGUUCAGCGAAAUGAAUUGGCCAUUGGAAAGUCGCCCUUUAAAUAAGAGUUUAGUCCAGGAUGACAAAUGGAAGAACACAGACAGAACCCAAGAAACACGCAGGUCUUUCCUUCGGGAAUUUUGUAAGAACUAUGUUGGGGUCAGUCGUCCCCAGGCACACCUUUUUCAUCUGGUAUCCAGGAUCUAUGUCGAAGAUAAACACAGAAUCUUAUAUUGUGAAGUACCGAAGGCUGGCUGUUCCAACUGGAAAAGGGUUCUGAUGGUACUGAAUGGAUUGGCCCCCUCUGCACACAACAUCUCCCACGAUGCUGUCCACUAUGGGAAGCACUUGAAGAAGCUGGACAGUUUUGACUUAAAAGGGAUACAUACUCGCUUAAACACCUAUACCAAGGCUGUGUUUGUUCGAGAUCCCAUGGAAAGAUUGGUGUCGGCAUUUAGGGACAAGUUUGAGCAUCCCAAUAGUUAUUACCAUCCAGUAUUUGGGAAGGCAAUUAUAAAGAAAUACCGGCCAAAUGCCUGUGCAGAAGCAUUACACAGUGGGUCUGGGGUCAAAUUCAAGGAGUUCGUCCACUAUCUGCUGGAUUCCCACCGGCCAGUAGGAAUGGACAUUCACUGGGAAAAGGUCAGCAAGCUCUGCUAUCCGUGCUGGAUCAAUUAUGAUUUUGUAGGAAAAUUUGAAACCUUGGAAGAAGAUGCCAAUUACUUUUUACAGCUGAUUGGCGCUCCCAAAGAGUUGAAAUUCCCCAAGUUUAAGGACAGGCACUCUUCGGAUGAAAGAACCAGUGCUCAGGUUGUGAGUCAGUAUCUGAAGAAUCUCACCGGAACUGAGAGGCAGUUAAUCUAUGAUUUUUAUUACUUGGACUAUUUGAUGUUUAACUACACAAUGCCAUUUUUGUAGUUUGCAUUUAUUUUCUAAGACCAGGUAUUGACCUUAAUGAUGAUGGUCUCAAAUGAGUUACUGAAAUUCUACAAAUCUCUAUGUAAGAUAUAUGUAACUAAGUGUAGUGGUCUCAAUUUAAUGAAUAUUUUACCAAAUUGUAUGAUACCUGCUGACACAAAUUUAUAGGGAAACCACCUAAAAGAGACAUUUAAACAAUUCUAUUUGCUCCAAAAUGUUUGAAAAAGAGCUUCUUUUGCAUUAUGGAUUGUAUUGUAGAAGCAAUAACCUAACCAGCUGUUACAUUAACUAAAACAGCUCUUGCCAUGGUAGAAAAAAACCUCGGAAUCUGAAAAAGCAUGAGAGUGUGUCUCUAUACAGGAAUUCAUUGUCUAAAAUGCAUGAAUGGACAUUUAACAGUCAGUGGGAUAUUAGUCAAUCCACUGCAUAAGCCCCCAACACCCUGGAAAUCUAUCAACAAUAAUGAUGAAUAGAUUUUAAAAUGAUAUUUUGGACCUAGGCAUUUUCAGUUCAAUUGGAAGGCACUCUGUGAUUUAUAUUAUGAGAAUAUAGCAAAAACAAACAAACAGAUGAGGCUACAGCUUUUUAUAUUCAAUAGCCAAUAAAAAAUUCACAAUAUGCUAAGAUCAAAGCAACAAAAGCAACCUUCCUCUUCCAGAAAAACUAAAGGGAAUUGAUUCUGGUUUCGUCUGAGCUUCCUGCACAGACACAAAAUGAACAGAGCCGCUGAAGAUUUCAUUUAAGCAUUGGGUGGCUGAGAAGUUUAAGCCUCAUCAGAUAGAAAUGUGCUCCUCAUUCUGGUUUAAUUGGGCAGGGGGCAAAUUGUUUCAGGGUGGAAUCAUCAUCAAAAAUAAAAGUUGCCACGCUGUAUGUUGACCUCAAACAAUAACACAGCUUUAUUAGAAGAUUAGUUGAAUCAAAGCAUCAUGUGCAUAGCUUGCUAUGUGGAAUGUACUCUUCAGAAUAGCUUUUGUUUUCAGACUAAAUAUUCAGCUUGGGAAUGAUUUUUUAAAAUCUAAUACACCACUUCAAAGCUAGGUUAUGUUCUAGAAAAUACACAUAACAAGGGCCCCUAGAAAUGUUUUCUAACGGGCUUAUGCAUAAACAAAUGAAGGCAUUUUCUUUUAUAAACUUAAAUAUUCUAUACUAAUGAUGUAAAAUGCCAUUGCAUUCAAAUAUUAAAUCAAUGUCUUUGGAAAAUAAGGUCAUGCAUCAGUUGUAUGAAAAGUUGUAUUACAUUUUGGAAAUGUCCUUCAAGAGACUCUAAAUGAGAAGAUACCAUCAGAUUGGGGAACUUAUCUUAAUUUGUGGGCUUCUUACCCUGAGUUAAGCAAACCAUAUGUUAUUCAAACCUUGUCUAAAAGCUUUCUUAAACAUGUUCCUCUUCCCAAAC